AUGUUCCCACUGAUUGCCCACAUAGAGAGCAUUUAUGCUCUUGAUCGGUCAAGGGCUCUACAGGAUGCAGUAUGUUCUUUUCAUUUUUGGACAUUUUCUCCUCUCAUUUCAGAUGACUACACACUGCACGGCCCUGUUUUUAUUCAGGAACCAAGUCACGUAAUGUUCCCUUUGAAUUCUGAGGAGAAAAAGGUGAAGCUCAAUUGUGAAGUUAAAGGGAAUCCAAAGCCACAUAUCAGGUGGAAAUUAAAUGGAACAGAUGUUGACAUUGGUGUGGAUUUCCGCUACAGUGUUGUUGAAGGCAGCUUGUUGAUCAAUAACCCCAAUAAAACCCAAGAUGCUGGAACGUACCAGUGCAUAGCAACAAACUCAUUUGGAACAAUUGUUAGCAGAGAAGCAAAGCUUCAGUUUGCUUAUCUUGAAAACUUUAAAACAAGAACAAGAAGCACUGUGUCUGUCCGACAAGGUCAGGGGAUGGUACUCCUAUGUGGCCCACCAGCCCAUUCAGGAGAGCUCAGUUAUGCCUGGAUCUUCAAUGAAUACCCUUCCUAUCAGGAUAACCGCCGCUUCGUUUCUCAAGAGACUGGGAAUCUGUAUAUUGCCAAAGUAGAAAAGUCAGAUGUUGGGAACUAUACCUGUGUGGUUACGAAUACAGUGACAAAUCACAAGGUCCUGGGACCACCCACACCACUAAUAUUGAGAAAUGAUGGGGUGAUGGGUGAAUAUGAGCCAAAAAUAGAAGUGCAAUUCCCAGAAAUGGUGCCGACCGCCAAAGGAACAACAGUCAAGCUGGAAUGCUUUGCCUUAGGAAAUCCAGUACCAACUAUUAUUUGGAGAAGAGCUGAUGGAAAGCCUAUAGCAAGGAAAGCCAGAAGACACAAAUCCAGUGGAAUUCUUGAAAUCCCCAAUUUUCAGCAGGAGGAUGCUGGUUUAUAUGAAUGUGUGGCUGAAAAUUCAAGAGGGAAAAAUGUAGCAAGGGGACAGUUGACUUUUUAUGCUCAACCUAAUUGGAUUCAAGAAAUAAACGAUACACAUGUGGCCAUUGAAGAAAAUGUCUUUUGGGAAUGUAAAGCAAAUGGAAGGCCCAAACCUACAUACAGGUGGCUAAAAAAUGGUGAACCACUAUUAACUCGGGAUAGAAUUCAAAUUGAGCAAGGAAUGCUCAACAUAACAGUAGUGAACCUCUCAGAUGCUGGCAUGUAUCAGUGUGUGGCCGAGAAUAAACACGGAGUUAUCUUUUCCAGCGCAGAGCUUAGUGUUAUAGCUGCGGGUCCAGAUUUUUCAAGAACCCUCUUAAAAAGAGUAACCCUUGUCAAAGUGGGAGGGGAAGUUGUCAUCGAAUGUAAGCCAAAAGCUUCUCCUAAACCUGUUUACACCUGGAAGAAAGGAAGAGACAUAUUAAGAGAAAAUGAAAGAAUUACCAUUUCUGAAGAUGGAAGCCUCAGAAUUGUCAAUGUGACUAAGUCAGAUGCUGGAAGUUAUACCUGUGUAGCCACUAACCAUUUUGGAACUGCUAGCAGUACUGGAAACUUGGUAGUAAAAGAUCCAACAAGGGUGAUGGUCCCCCCUUCCAGUAUGGAUGUCACUGUUGGAGAAAGUAUUGUUCUGCCAUGCCAGGUAACACAUGAUCACUCGCUGGACAUCGUCUUUACUUGGUCAUUUAAUGGACACCUGAUAGACUUUGACAAAGAUGGGGACCACUUUGAGAGAGUCGGAGGGCAGGAUUCAGCUGGUGAUUUGAUGAUCCGAAACAUCCAGCUGAAGCAUGCUGGGAAAUACGUCUGCAUGGUCCAAACAAGUGUAGACAGACUGUCUGCUGCUGCAGACCUGAUUGUCAGAGGUCCCCCAGGACCCCCAGAGGCUGUGACCAUAGAUGAAAUUACAGAUACCACUGCUCAGCUCUCCUGGAGACCCGGGCCUGACAACCACAGCCCCAUCACCAUGUAUGUCAUUCAAGCCAGGACUCCGUUCUCCGUAGGCUGGCAAGCAGUCAAUACAGUGCCAGAACUUAUUGAUGGGAAGACAUUCACAGCGGCUGUUGUGGGUUUGAACCCUUGGGUCGAGUAUGAAUUCCGCACUGUUGCGGCCAAUGUGAUUGGGAUCGGGGAACCCAGCCGGCCCUCGGAGAAGCGGAGGACAGAAGAGGCUCUCCCCGAAGUCACCCCAGCUAACGUCAGUGGUGGCGGAGGCAGCAAAUCUGAACUGGUUAUAACCUGGGAGACGGUCCCUGAGGAAUUACAGAAUGGUAGAGGCUUUGGCUAUGUGGUGGCCUUCCGGCCCUAUGGCAAAAUGAUCUGGAUGCUGACAGUGCUGGCAUCAGCCGAUGCCUCCAGAUACGUGUUCAGGAAUGAGAGUGUGCGCCCCUUCUCUCCCUUUGAGGUUAAAGUGGGCGUCUUCAACAAUAAGGGAGAAGGCCCCUUCAGUCCCACCACAGUGGUAUAUUCUGCAGAAGAAGAACCCACCAAACCACCAGCCAGCAUCUUUGCCAGAAGUCUGUCUGCAACAGACAUUGAAGUUUUCUGGGCCUCCCCCAUGGAGAAGAAUAGAGGACGGAUACAAGGCUAUGAGGUUAAAUACUGGAGACAUGAUGACAAGGAAGAAAAUGCUAGAAAAAUACGAACAAUUGGAAAUCAGACAUCAACAAAAAUCACCAAUUUAAAAGGCAGCGCGCUGUAUCAUUUAGCUGUCAAGGCAUAUAAUACUGCAGGGACAGGCCCGUCCAGCGCAACGGUCAAUGUGACAACCAGAAAGCCACCACCAAGUCAACCCCCCGGAAACAUCAUAUGGAAUUCAUCGGACUCCAAAAUUAUCCUGAAUUGGGAUCAAGUGAAGGCCCUAGAUAAUGAGUCGGAAGUAAAAGGAUACAAAGUCUUGUACAGAUGGAACAGACAAAGCAGCACAUCUGUCAUUGAGACAAAUAAAACAUCAGUGGAGCUCUCUUUGCCUUUUGAUGAAGAUUAUAUAAUAGAAAUUAAGCCAUUCAGUGAUGGAGGAGAUGGCAGCCCCAGUGAACAAAUUCGAAUUCCAAAGAUAUCAAAUGCCUAUGCAAGAGGAGCCGGGCCUUCUACUUCGAAUGCAUGCACACUGUCAGCCAUCAGUACGAUCGUGAUUUCCCUCACAGCUAGGUCCAGUUUAUGA